AUGUCGACGAGAGAUAUAGACAACGACAGACCUAAAGACGAAGGGAAAACAGCGUCUCCUUCGAGCAAAUCAGUCGAUCCAGACAAACAAUCCGCAGAAGCUGAGGAUCUUUGGCACACUCUCAUACACUGGAAUGAUCUACCGCACUGGCUCCAAGACAACCACUUCAUCCAUGGCAGCUAUCGGCAGGCCUCUUACAGCUACACAAGAUCUCUGCAGAGUAUUCUGCACUGGCAUAACGAGAGCGUGAACAUUUGGACGCAUUUGGUCCCUGCCACUCUCAGCUUGCCCUUUGCAGCAUUUCUCUAUAGCGAGCUUGAACCUCGCUAUGAGAAAGCAUCAGUGGCCGACGUCAUAGCAAUGAGCUGCUUUUUUGGUGGUGCGGCCGUUUGUUUAGGACUGAGCGCUUUCUACCACACUUUGUCCAACCACUCUCCGCCCGUUGCCCGAAUGUGGAAUCAGCUGGACUAUGCCGGCAUAUCUGUGCUGAUUGCCGGCUCAUUUAUUCCCAGUGUAUAUUAUGCAUUUUGGUGCCAUCCAGCCAAGCAAUGGACAUAUUGGACUAUGGUGAGCAAGUGUCACACGGCGUAG